UGCCGUCGCAACCAGGGGCAGUCUGGCUCUGUCCUACCUUUCCAUCGCAGACAGACAGACUCACAGACAGCUCACCGAUGUCUCAAGAUCCUCCACAUCCUCGCAGGCCCCUCUCGGGCCCCGUGGAGGCUCCGGACACCAGCCCCUGGGGCAGUGGGAACGGCGAGGAGGACGGGGAGUGGUGGGGGGAGGAGGCUGGAAGCCUCUCACCGCAGAGAGGCUCUACCGACGAAUCGGACGAGUCGGACGGUUCGGAGCCCGAGCCGCCGACCGUCAUCCGCAGGAAGGUUUCCUUCGCCGACGCCUUCGGUUUGGAUCUGGUUUAUGUCAAGGAGUUUGACAGCGCAGACCAGACCGAGGCACAGGGCGCUAACCCAGCGGAGCCCAGGGCCAAUGGUAACAAAGAGACGGACGAGUAUUUCCUGUCGUCUCUGUUCGCCGUGCCCUCAUCUCCAGAGGAGCUGGAACGGAGACUCCAGGAUCAGAAGCUGGAACUGGAGAGCAUCGAGUUACUUCCUGGCACCACCAUUCUCAGGGUCAUUGUCAGGGUGGCGAACCUGUGCUACAAUAAAUCCCUUUAUGCUCGGAUCACUCUGGAUAGCUGGAAGACGUACUUUGACCUGCUGGCAGAGUACGUCCCAGGCUCCAGCGAUGGAACAACAGACAGGUUUGCGUUUCGACUUACCCUCGUGCCUCCCUUUGAGAUGGAGGGAGCCAGAGUGGAGUUCUGCCUCAGAUACGAAACAUCGGUUGGCACAUUCUGGGCAAACAACAGUGAAAUGAACUAUGUGCUGUUCUGCCACAAAAAGGGAGGCAGAGACCUGACAGAGUUGGAGACUCGGACCGAGGAAGUGAAAAACAGCAGAGAGAAGAGAAGCUGUCUGAAAAGCAACAGUAAAAAGAACAGCGCCGAGGAGAAACCAAAGGAGCUGGCCACAGACCCUCCAGCCUCAGCAACUCACACAACAGAGGGGAUUGCUGGGAAAACAAUGGAGAACGCAGAGCACUUGACCUCUAUUUUACAUCAUGAAGAUCACAACCCAAAAUCCUUGGUGGAUAGUCAGAGGAGCAGGCGAAGAGGGGCCCGUUUGGCACGGGUGCAGGAAUACUUCUCCCAACGAGACCAGGAUUCAACACAGGGGCACAUUUCCAAUGGACCACUACCACGUGCCUGGGUGGAGAAUCCACCUACCGUGUCUGAUAUCAGAAUCGAACCCCUAGCGGGCAGCGCCACCAGUCCCCCUGAAUCACAUCAGAAGAAACAAGCCAAUGAUACACCUCAGCUAAUGACGUACCACCAGGUAACCCGGCCAAUGAUACACCCCGACUCAGGGAGAGAUAAUGGGCUGGCGGCGAAUCCCGAUAAGGACGAUAUCAGGAUUGAAACAGGGAUCGCACCUAACCUAUUAUCAGACGAGUCAGUGGGCAUUCUGGAGGAACAAACCUCUGUUGGUGAUCUGUGGGAAGCCUUUCUCUGUGCCCCCGACUCAAAAGACACCAGCUGUGUGUCAGAGUCCGAACGGCCGCUAUCUGCAACCGCGGUUUCCCUGUCAGUCGGAGUUGAGGAUUUUGUGGCUUCCUCAAGAGUGGAGAAUCAACAGGCGGAUGACACAGACUCAAACCCAGAAAGUUUAACCCAGCCCACAGGGUCUAAACCUCCGCCGCCGUCUCACAGUCAUGAGAUGCCAGCGGAGCCUCGGCCACGCUCAAAUGUCACCCCCCCCGGAGACGACAAAGCCAGGGUUUAUGAUCCCUACCAAAGGCUAGAGGUUACUUCUGUAAUAAACACUCCCCAGGAAUCCAUUCCCUCGACCGCGGCCUCUGACGACACGACCCCGCACAGGCACGUAGGGGCAGAUCGAGAAAGAGGAGAGCAGGCUUUCACACCCUAUGGAGCAAAGCCGGUAACAAGCUUGGAGGAGAUGGAGACAACAGAUAUGACGGUGAUGGCAGAUUUGCCGAAUACCAGUGCAGAAGAUAGAAUCUUGCAUGGAGAUUGGCUUCCUUUGGACAUGAAAUCAGAGUUUGUAGGCGAUGUGGAGAAAGCAGCAGAUGAAAUCGUGACAUUUCCGUGGACAAUCAGAAAUACAGCAGAGGAUGAGACAAACACAAAGAGUCAUGGAGAGGGGGGUGUAUUUACUAAGUCCUAUGCUGAGAAAGAUGUAUUCAGGCAAAAUCAAACUGACAAAAUAGAAGUAACACAUGACCUCACAGAAGGACUGUUGAAUAGACAGAGUCAAGCAGAGGAAGAUGAAUUCGGUAUUAACAACAUUUGUUGUGAAUCAAACAGAACAGAGUUGAAAGAAUUCAGGGUGAGUCAAAUGUACAAAGACAAAUUCAGGCAAAAUCAAACAGUGAAUGAAGAAUCAAGCCUGAAUCAAUCAGAGGUGGAAGAAUUUGGACCGAAACAUACCAAAGAAGAGGAAUACAGAUUAUUUGAUUACUUCAGCUUAAACCAAACUGAGGUAGAGAAAUUCAAAACCAACCAAACUGAGAUGGAAGAGGAAUUCUCACCCAGCCAUCAAGAAGAAAAAAAGGCCAAACAGUGCCAUGCAGACAAAGAACUGCUCUUGAAUCUGAAUGAAAAGGAACUAAACAGAGUGAUGCAGACAUUUCCAGAAACAUUCAGACAAUACCAAACACCUGAUGAAGAAUGCAGUUCAAACAAUUUAGAAGAAUACAGACUAAAUCCGCUUGAUGGAAAAAUGAGAGACAGAGAGGACUUUGAAAAAGUUGAAGAAAUGAGAUCCAACCUAACGCAUGAAGAGGGAUUCUGGUCAAAUGAAAUACAAGCUGAAGAUAGUUAUCAGAGUCUAAAUGCGGAAGUGCAACACAGAGACGCUGACAGAGAUAGGCCUAUAUCAACACACAUCCAAGCUGAGACCAAUGACGUCAGGGACAUGAACACAGGACUGGAAAAGACCGAAAAUGUAUCGGACGAAAUAACUAGACAAAGAGACACAGAACAGACAUAUGAAGAGAUAAGUAUUGAAACUCCUGAAAAAGAGAAAGUUAAGGACUUAACGGAGAAAACAGUGAACACUGAAAAGGAGACUGAGUACGUCUCAACAGAAAAGGAAGAACAGUGUGACAUGUCAAUGGGAAAUGUUGAAUGCUCAAGACAAGAUGAAAAUGGAAAGUUGUCAGAAGGGACAAAAGAACUUAUUAUCAAGGAUGAUGAAGAAUUAUUUGAAAAAGAAGUAGAGUCAGGUGAAGACGAGUUAUUCACAGAAGAGAAAGGUUUGAAUGAGGAAAUGCUAGAAGAGGUGUUAGAUUUGCAGUUGGUACAUAAUAGUCCUUCAGCUGAACAAGACAAUGAGGUAGCUUUGAAAGUGGAGAUUAUGAUGAAACAGUCUGAUGAACCGGAAAUCAUUCAAAAUGGACCUAUCCGACAGACAAAACGGGCUACCAAGAAAGGGUCGACUGACAUAGACUCCUGGGUAGAUUCACUCAUGAAAGCAUGUACCGAUCCCGACUUGACCUUCACACCGAGGCAAGGCCUUUGCCUAACUACACCCAGUAACAGUACAGAGCCCUCAAUGGUCCAGACCUGUGAGUCAUCUCCAGAAAGAGGUGCCACUGUCCUCACUCCUCUGUCAUCUCUGAGCACAAGAUGCAACACAAUGGUCAGUGAGGGGUGUGCGUCAAGGGUCAAUCAGUGGUCAACCCAAAUGCCAAAGUCUGUAGAGGAGGAUCAGGAGACACCCAGCAGUCAUAAUCUUCCCCUUAAAAAAGUGGAGGACGAUGGCUUCUUGUCAUGGUGGAGGGUGAUUUUCUCACUCAGUAGCAUAACAAGAGCAAUAUUCUAUGGCCUUAUGGUAGCAAUGUUUCUCAUCACCACACUUAUGUAUGAUUUCCCAGCAUGCUUAGCUCUCUCAUUGUUUUCACUAUAUUGGUGGUACUGUGUUGUAAGGACUGAAAGAAUGGAGAGAGAGAUGUGAGGUGUGAGACUGUGUUUCUAGUAACAAUAGUGUGCUUAUGUGUCUUUGUAUGAUUGUUAACACCUUACAUUACAUUACUUUUAUAAACGUGCAUAGUAACACACUAAUUAUCACAGUCAUGUGGUACUGUAAUAUUAGCAAUUGCAUUAUAAAUGCAAUUUUUAUUGCAACUUUGUGUAGGGACAGUUUUACCAUAGAGUUAUGAGAGCAACAUGUGUUACCUUGAUUUUAUUUGCUUUGUUUGAGUUUUUAUGGGCCCAAUAUCAAGAGAUAAUGUACCAAAAUAUCAAGAGAUAAUGUACCAAAAUAUCAAAAGGGUGUGCAAUCCAAUAUUCCAAUGAAGGAGAACAAUUGUUAUUGUCUGGGGCAUUGGAUACAAAAAAGUGCUGUUUUAUUUUUUCAAUUCAAUUUAUUUUUCUUUUUUCUUGCGAUGAAACGGCUUUGCAGAAUGUUUGAAACUCUCUAACCUUCAGACAGGUAGCCUCCACAUAGACACAUCAACUUUUACAUAACAUAAUCAUAUUCUGUACAUUUUGGAGAUCAGGCUGUGUAUAAUGGCUGUGUGAGGCAUUGUCUUCCCAUUGUGUCUGAGGCAUUGUCUUUUCAUUAAAAGUACUGUAUUGGACUGAAUU